AUGGGCCUACGCAAAAGCCAAAAAGUGGAUCUAUCUGAGCAGCAGCUGGUCGACUGCAGCCAUCUAUAUGGCAACUUAGGUUGUGAUGGCGGAUUCAACGUGCAAGGACUCGCCUACGUUCGUGAUCACGGCAUCACUGAUACUGCCAGCUACCCCUACGUCGCCAAGAACGGCCAGUGCAAGGUCCAUGGCGGAAGCUUCAAAAUCAGCAACAUUCAUUCAGUUGUGGGCUGCAAGAAUCUUGAAGCUGCUAUCUUGGAAAGGCCCGUCGGUGUGGAGUCGAUGCUGCCAACUGGAGCCGUUACGCAUCUGGUAUCUUCAGCAACUGUGGCAAGCAUCUCGACCAUAACGUCUUGCUGGUAG